AUGGCGAUGCGCAUUCCGGUGCGGCACAUGAGCGGUAAAGUGACGGUGGUGGAAGUGAGCCCAGACACGACUAUUGGGAAGCUGAAGAUGCAGAUGAGAGCAUGGUUGCCGUGUGAAGAUGAGCUGCGCGGAAUGUCCACACUGGAAUUGUCUUUAGGGGAGACAAGGUUGACCAGCAAUGACCAGACCAUCCACGAGGCAGGCAUAUCUGAAAAUACCGCAUUGCAGGACACCCAUCAGACCUCGAUCUCUCCGCUCUCGGCGACGGAAGGACCGGCGAGGACGCACCCGGGAGCCGACACGACGGCAGCACCCGGCGGCACGGAACUCGCCUGGGCCGCUCACGUGGACUGGGUCCAGAUUGGCGACUGCGCAGGUCACUUUGCCUGCCGCAACUUGCAUCCACAUGAAGUGACUGCCGCGCAGCCGCUUGGAGAGAUCACAGAGGGGAGCGGAUGCCCCACCAGACAAAGCCCAGAGGGUUUGAUCGAUCGACGAGACCAAUCGACGAGAGAUCCGAUGCCGGCGAUGCGAAUUCAGGUGAUGAAGCUGAGCAAAGCACAGGAAGUGUUCCAGAAUGCUGGUGUAGACUCCUUCCUGGAUUCCGUCCUGGAGGGCUAUCACGCUACAGUCUUUGCUUAUGGGCAGACAGGCAGCGGAAAGACGCAUACCAUGGAAGGGUUUGUAUACCAAGCUGGGACUCAAAGCAAGGCUCCACAGGUGAAGCCAGCCUUGACGGCACCUGAGAAGCUGGGGAUUGUCCCCCGCUGCAUUGAAGGCCUUUUCCAACGUAUGGAGCAGCAAAGUUUGGCCGGUGACUGCAGCUUCACCUUCCGCUUGUCUUUCUUGCAGAUCUACAAUGAGAACUUCGGCUUGCAAGUCAUCGGAAUGUGA